AUUAGCUUCAUCUUCUCAAACUGAAAGAUUGCUCUUUCCGGUUAAAGGAUGCAAACAGCUGGCUGGAUUGGCCAUUUAGGAUUAAAUCAUCCCCUUCCCUCUCUUUGUCUAGCCUGAUGAGAUGUUGGAGCCCUUCUUUGACUCUCUGGUGCGCCAAACGCCAGUCCCCAACCUCUUCUCUCUGCAGCUGUGUGGGGCCGGCUUCACUCAGAAUUACUCCCUGGGCAGUGCUACCGUCGGCGGAAGCAUGAUCAUUGGAGGUGUGGACCCAUCUCUGUAUGUAGGAGAACUCUGGUACACACCCAUCCGCAGGGAGUGGUACUAUGAAGUCAUCAUUGUACGCAUUGAGGUCAAUGGACAGGAUCUUAACAUGGAUUGUAAAGAGUACAACUAUGAUAAGAGCAUCGUAGACAGUGGGACCACCAACCUCCGCCUACCUAGAAAAGUCUUCCAGGCUGCCGUGAAGGCAAUCGAAGCAGCUUCCUCAACAGAGCAGUUCCCCUCGGGGUUCUGGCUGGGGGAGCAGCUUGUGUGUUGGCAGGCUGGCACCACCCCCUGGCACAUCUUCCCUGUUAUCUCGCUUUACUGAUGAGUGAGAAUCGCAACCAGUCAUUCAAGAAUCUCCAUUCUCCCCCAGCAAUACCUACGGCCCGUGGAGGACGUUGCUUCAGCCCAGGAAGACUGUUAUAAGUUCGCUAUAUCCCAGUCCACUACAGGCACAGUCAUGGGAGCUGUCAUCAUGGAAGGCUUCUAUGUGGUCUUUGACCGUGAAAAGAAACGCAUCGGCUUUGCUGUCAGCACUUGUCAUGUCCACGAUGAGUUUCGCACAGCGUCAGUGGAGGGGCCCUUCCACGGCAUGGACCUGGAGGACUGUGGGUACAACAUUCCUCAGACGGACGAGUCCACGCUCAUGACCAUCGCCUACAUCAUGGCGGGCAUUUGUGCUCUCUUCAUGCUCCCGCUGUGUCUCAUGGUGUGCCAGUGGCGUUUUGCCCGUUGCUUGCGCCCACACGGAGACUUUGCAGAUGACAUAUCCCUCCUGAAAUGAAGGGGAAGGGAGACAAAGACGAGAGACGUAGACACCUAAGUGUAGAUGAGAAGUAUCCAUGGUUGUAUCCAUGAUAUGUGUAGUGCCAUGUAAGCUAGUGGCACUAUUCAAAGAGAUUUGAAAACGAACUUGGCAUGUAAAGAAAGCGCAGACAUAUGGGGAAUGUUUGGAAAUCUUUGCAGCUCUCAAAUGACAUAAAACUGUUGAAUUAAGAGACAUUAUUUACAAAUAGGUCAAAAUUAAGAAGGCGAGUAUCAUUAGUAAAUGAUUUCACCUGUGUAUUCAGGUUUUCAAGCAACCUAUGCAGAUACAGGGACCAUAAUAAAGCCAAAUGAUGUGUGAAGUGGACAAAAAAAAAGAUGAUUGGUCAGUAAUGCUCAAAUUGAUCUAAGUGUUAACUGGAUUUUAGAUUAAAAGAUUUGUCUUAACUUUGCAUUGCUACAUAAUGAGUAAAUUUGGUUUAUGUUAAAGACUUUAUUAAAAUUGUUAAAGUUAAUCAAGUUAAAUUCCCAAUGAAAACUGCUCCCUGUAUUCUAGACAUGGGUAGCUUUGCUGAUACACGAUGUAAUACAUGAUAAACGUAUAGUGUGUGUGUGUGUGUGUGUGUAUGAGCGCGCGCGCGUGUUUGAAAUGUGUUCCUGUGUUUGUGGCAGAAGAGGUUUAACGUGCGAGCAUGCCUGUAAAACUGUAAAUGAUGACUAUACCCAGAAAGAUCGCACUAAAUGGAAAUGAAAAUGUUAAAAAUCAAGUAUGAAUAGCGUAUAUGAAAGUACCAUUUUUGCAUAUACCAGCAAAGAACUCUGCAAUGCAAAUGCAGUAAGCAUAAGAGACUUGUUUAAAUAUUAGACUCUAACAUCAUUUAUCAUAAUUAAAUUUUCCACAAAACUGAGGCUACUGAAUACAGUUGAUAUCAAUGCCACCUUUUCUGCUUAUAUUGAUAGUUUAAAUGUAUUUAUUGAACCUAGAGUUUGUGUGUCUCAGAUAAGUACAUGCACACGCACAUUAAAACACACGUUGCUGUAACUUUGCCAACUCUUGCUGCACUAUCUGAUGUUUUGAACACAUGACACCUGAGUGAAGUAAGACUUUUUGUGGCUUCUCCCACAGAUAAAGAAACAGCCUAUUUCACACCAUUCAGUGGGGAACAUCUGUGUCCCAGAAAGAGGAAACAAGCCUAAAUAUGUCAACACAAAAGAAUACAAUAGCCUUUAUUGUCAACAAAGGACAGUUUUUACUGUCUAUCAGCAAACUGUAAAUAGUUAAGGAGUCAGAUCUGUAUAUUAUUCUGGCAGGUGCUGGCCAACAACGCUAUUUAACCAAUAAAGUAUCUAUUGUCACUGUAAUGCAGUCAUUUGAUUUUUAUUUUCUUGACUGCACAUCAGCUACUUGAAUGUUGUUGCACUCUUCAAAGCUAAAACCUACUCUGUACUGUUUUGUACUGUUAAUUUUUUUGUUAAUUGAUUCAUUCUCAGAUAAACGCUGGGACCAGAGUAAAGAAAUGCUUUUAUUUGUAUCACCUAACAGUGAUAGACCUGAGUUAGCA